UUGGGGUGAAGGGUUUAGCGAGGUGCGGUGAUUGGUUGAACCGCAAGUGUGGGGUGCAGCUGCUCGUGAACGGCCUUUGACAACGCCAACGGCGGGAUAGUCCGAUGGCGGGUUAGUCCGAUGGCGGAAUGCUUAAGAACGGUCUCAUCAUCAACAGCCCUCGAGUCGCUUUCUGGAAGACUCCUAAACCCUGUGUAUCAUCACCAUGCGUCUGCCGUACAUCCCUGACCCUCCCGAGUUUACUGAAGAAGCCGACAAGGCUGUCCUCGAACGAAUUAAAGAACGCCGUGGGCCCAAGGGGUUGAUUGCGUUGGAUCGGACACUGCUUCACGCUCCUCCGGUUGCAGAUGGAUGGAACUCCUUUCUGGGAGCCAUUCGGACCAAGACCUCCCUGCCGACCUCGAUCCGCGAAACAGCUAUCGCUCGUGUUGCCGUACUAAACAAAGCAUGGUACGAAUGGGAGUCUCACAGCCCAAUUCUGCGGGCAGCUGACAACGUUUCCUCGGAACACGUGGAUGCUGUUCUACAGUCCCCUCCUCGUCAGGUCAACGAUGGAAUCCAGGACGCGAAACACGCAGCAGUUCUCUCGUACACAGAUGCCAUGACACUAGAUAUUAGUGUACCUGACGAAGUAUUUGCAACACUGAAGGAGCAUUUUAGCGAGCAAGAAGUCGUCGAGGUCACGGCAACGGUGGCGGCGUACAACUGCGUGAGCAGGUUUCUCGUAGCGCUCGAUGUUGGAGAGAAAAACAGUCAGAAGGGUCCGGAGAAGGAAUGGGAGCUAUAGUAGCAGCUUAUGAAUACAAUUGUCUUUGACCAUCGAGCGCAUACAAGUUGGAGUGAUCUCACUGCGGAGAAAACGCCUUGCCUCAUCCGUCUAGCGUGUUUCUGCU